AUGCUCGCAAGCAAACUCCUCGGCGAGGCGGCCGUUAAAUCCGGCGUUCCUACCGCCGUCUGCCGCGUUGGACAAGUCGGUGGACCCGUGAAUAGCGACGGCGUCUGGCCAGAGCGUGACUGGUUCCCGACCCUUCUGCGGGCAUCCCAAAUCAUGGGCGUUCUCCCGCGCUCGCUGGGCCACUUCAACGAGGUCGACUGGCUACCUGUGGACUCCCUCUCCGAGGGCCUGGUGACACUCGCGCUAGGGGACUUGAGGCACUCCCUAAUCGACUCACCCGAGUCAGAACCAGAAUCCGGGAAGGGGGCGGAAGGAGCAUCAUACUACCACUUCACCAACCCAGUUACAUCCUCUUACACAACCCUCGUCCCCUCCAUCCUCCGCCACCUCGGCUCGCAGCUUACCACGGUCGACACUCUCGCUGAAUGGAACGAGGCCCUUGCAUCCUGGACUAAGCCCGUCGAUGGCACGGACAACGCAGAGACGGAAUCCGCGAUGGCUGCUGCGAUGGCCCUGUUAGAAUUCUACCAGAGUCUCGCGUCGAACCUGGACCAGCCUGAUGCGAGACUCGAUACAACAGUUACGGUUGCUAAGGUUCCAUUGUUGAGUAAGGUGGGUGCUGUGAGUGAGGCGUGGAUGGAGAUCUGGCUGGGGCAGUGGGGAUUCGGAAAGCUGGUUGAGUGA